AUGCGCCGACUAUUGGGUCCACUGGUACCCAUCGAACGCAGCUUCUUUCGCAUUCCGCGCUUUUCGGCUCACAUUGCUGGUUUUUGGCCACAAUCAACUAAUCGGCAUCGUUCAUGGCUAACUGCUUUGCGUUUCUGCGUGAAUACCUUUGCCGUUGCCGUCGGUGGUUUCGGGGAGAUUUCUUACGGUUUCGUUUACUUGUACGAUCUUUUUAGCGCGCUCGAGGCUUUCUGUCCGGGAAUUACCAAGGUCAUUUCACUAUUGAAGAUGACCAUAUUUUUUGUGCGCCACAAGCGUUGGCAACAUGUGAUUAAUAGUAUGCACCAAUUGUUGUUGCUAGAUAUCAGCGCCGAAAAGCGCCGCAUCGUGGAUCCACUGGCCUCGUUUAGUUCCGCGUUGUCCUUUGUAUUGCUUCUAUCUGGUUCGCUAACGAAUACAUUUUUCAACAUUUUGCCGCUGCUGAAAAUGGGCUACUACAAGUGGCAGUCGCUGGAAGUGCAGCUGUUAUUGCCCUUCAAUGUUAUUUUGCCGGAAAUGUUCGUCAAUUGGCCAUUUUACCCAGCCACAUACCUGGUGCUGACGCUCUCCGGCGCCAUGACGGUUUUCACUUUUAGCGCAGUCGAUGGUUUCUUUCUCUGCGCCUGUAUGUAUACGAGUGCGUUGUUUCGCAUGUUGCAACAUGAUAUACGUAACGCAUUCGCUGAAUUGCAAGAACUGGAGCACUCAACGUUGGCGCAAAAUAUGCGGAUACAGCAUCGAUUGGCGGUGCUCGUUGAGCGCCACAACAAAAUCAUCGAUCUAUGCAGCGAUUUCGCUUCGGAAUUUUCACUCAUCAUCUUGAUGCAUUUCCUUUCGGCAUCGCUGGUGUUGUGCUUCAGCAUUUUGGAUUUGAUGUUGAACUCCUCUUCUAUAGGCGUUUUGACGUACAUAUGCUACAGCAUCGCCGCUUUAACUCAACUGAUUCUUUAUUGCAUCGGCGGCACUUAUGUCAGCGAGAGCAGCCUAAAAGUUGCUGAGGUCAUAUAUGACACCGAUUGGUAUAAGUGCGAUGUGCGCACGCGUCGCAUGUUGUUGAUGAUGAUUUGCCGCGCACAGAAGGCGAAAACUAUUCAGGUGCCAUUUUUUACGCCAUCGCUGCCAGCUUUUCGUUCGAUUGUCAGCACAGCUGGUUCUUAUAUAACACUUCUAAAAACAUUCCUUUGAGCAUCGAAUCCACUCCAUUCAAACGCUUUAGUGGGAACGAUCACAAAUUUAUUAAUUAAACACACAUGG